AUGGAGAUGGAAGUGGAGGUCGUAGAGGACGAGAAGGCCGGACCCGCGGCAGGCGAGAAGCGGAGCUCUGCCGCCGCCCCAGGGACUUCUGCCGGGGGCAACGGCCAUUACGAGCUGCCCUGGGUGGAAAAAUACAGACCCAUGAAGCUAUGUGAAAUAGUUGGAAAUGAAGAUACAGUGAGCAGGCUGGAGGUCUUUGCCAAAGAGGGAAAUGUACCAAAUAUUAUAAUUGCUGGUCCCCCAGGAACAGGUAAAACCACCAGUAUCCUCUGCUUGGCUCGAGCUCUGCUAGGUCCUGCACUAAAGGAUGCUGUUUUGGAGCUGAAUGCCUCAAAUGACAGAGGCAUUGAUGUGGUGAGAAACAAAAUCAAAAUGUUUGCCCAGCAAAAGGUCACACUUCCAAAAGGUCGGCAUAAAAUAAUCAUCCUCGAUGAAGCAGACAGCAUGACAGAUGGAGCACAGCAAGCGCUGAGAAGAACAAUGGAAAUCUAUUCCAAAACAACGCGCUUCGCGCUCGCCUGCAAUGCCUCUGACAAGAUCAUAGAGCCCAUUCAGUCCCGGUGUGCAGUGCUGCGUUACACCAAGCUGACAGAUUCACAGAUCCUUGCAAGGCUACUGAAAAUUGUGGAGAAAGAGGAUGUGCCAUAUACAGAUGAUGGACUAGAAGCCAUUAUCUUCACAGCCCAAGGAGACAUGAGACAGGCAUUAAACAACUUGCAGUCCACAUAUUCUGGCUUUGGCUUUAUCAACAGUGAAAAUGUCUUUAAGGUAUGUGAUGAGCCUCAUCCCCUGCUUGUGAAAGAGAUGAUACAGCACUGCACAAAUGCAGAUAUAGAUGAAGCAUACAAGAUCCUUGCCCACCUGUGGCGACUUGGAUACUCUCCAGAAGAUGUCAUUGGCAACAUCUUCCGUGUGUGCAAAACCUUUCAGAUGCCAGAAUAUCUCAAACUGGAAUUUAUCAAGGAGAUUGGGUACACUCACAUGAAGAUAGCAGAAGGUGUGAACUCGCUCUUACAAAUGGCUGGACUGCUGGCCAGGCUGUGUCAGAAGACCACAGCCCCUGCAGCCAGUUAGGUGUUGCACCAAGCUGAAACCUG